GGAUGCGCCGGAAGCCGCCUGCUCGUGAGAGCGACUGGUCGGGGAGCGCCUUCUCUCCGGUGCCGGUGGUUCGCCCAGAGCGGGCUUGGCCCAGCCCUCCCCUUCCUUCAGCGCUGAGCGGUCGUGAGGCCCUGGUGUCGUCUUGAGAGUGACCCUUCUGUCGUGGGUGCCUGUAGAUUGUGGCGCGGGCAGCGGAAGUGCUGAGAGCCGGUCCUGCCGUGGGAACGAUGGCCGCAGGGAAGCACCUGGCCGUGCUGGACUCCGGGAGUCCGCGCAAGCCGUGGCGACUGCCCGCCGACGGACAUCCAGCACCGGGCUGCUACCUGAGGUGAGCGACGCGGAGCUUUCGGCAGCAGCGGCGCUGAGUCUGCAGUCCUCGCCGUGCUUUUUGCGUGUGGAGGUAAAUUUUUCCAUAACCUUAUGGAGAAAAAGGACUUUGAAGCAUGGCUUGAUAACAUUUCUAUUGCAUUUCUUUCUCUGACGGACUUGCAGAAAAAUGAAACUCUGGAUCACCUGAUUAGCUUGAGUGGAGCAGUCCAGCUCAGGCACCUCUCCAAUAAUCUAGAGAUUCUACUCAAGAGGGACUUCCUCAAACUACUUCCAUUGGAACUUAGUUUUUAUCUGUUAAAAUGGCUUGAUCCGCAGACCUUACUCACAUGUUGCCUCGUCUCUAAGCAGUGGAACAAGGUUAUAAGUGCCUGUACAGAGGUGUGGCAGACUGCGUGUAAGAAUUUGGGUUGGCAGAUAGAUGACUCUGUUCAGGAUCCUCUGCAUUGGAAGAAGGUUUACCUAAAAGCAAUUUUAAGGAUGAAGCAACUGAAGGACCACGAAGCCUUUGAGACAUCCUCUUUAAUUGGACACAGUGCCAGAGUAUAUGCACUUUACUAUAAAGAUGGACUUCUCUGUACAGGAUCAGAUGACUUGUCUGCAAAACUGUGGGAUGUAAGCACAGGUCAGUGCAUAUAUGGUAUCCAGACACACACUUGUGCUGCAGUGAAGUUUGAUGAACAAAAGCUUGUAACAGGAUCUUUUGAUAAUACAGUAGCCUGUUGGGAAUGGAGCUCUGGGGCAAAGACACAGCAUUUCAGAGGACAUACUGGUGCAGUUUUUAGUGUGGAUUACAAUGAUGAACUUGAUAUUCUGGUCAGUGGCUCUGCAGACUUCACUGUGAAAGUGUGGGCCUUAUCAACAGGAACGUGCCUGAAUACCCUUACUGGACACACAGAAUGGGUCACUAAGGUCGUUUUGCAGAAAUGCAAAGUCAAAUCUCUUAUGCAUAGUCCUGGGGAUUAUAUUCUCCUAAGUGCAGAUAAGUAUGAAAUCAAGAUUUGGCCUAUUGGAAGGGAAAUAAACUGCAAAUGCUUAAGAACACUGUCUGUUUCUGAAGACCGCAGCAUCUCCCUACAGCCCAGGCUGCACUUUGAUGGUAAAUACAUAGUGUGCAGUUCAGCACUAGGAUUAUACCAGUGGGACUUUGCCAGCUAUGAUAUUCUCAGGGUUAUCAAACCUCCAGACUUCUCAAAUGUGUCGUUGCUGGGCUUUGGAGAGAUAUUUGCUCUACUGUUUGACAACAGAUACCUGUACAUAAUGGACUUGAGGACAGAAAAACUGAUAAGCCGCUGGCCUUUACCAGAAUAUAGAAAGUCAAAGAGAGGUUCAAGUUUCUUGGCUGGUGAAAUGUCUUGGUUAAAUGGACUAAAUGGCCAAAAUGAUACAGGCUUGGUUUUUGCCACCAGUAUGCCAGACCAUAGUAUCCAUUUGGUGUUAUGGAAAGAACAUGGCUGAAAAGCUCACACAUACAGAAUCUUCAGGAAUUUAUGGCCUGUCAGCAGCGUGUCCAUAAAACGAGACUUUGCAUGAACCAAAGUUGCACAUCCAAUGGUAUCAUCAUGCAAUGCACAAUCACUUACUUUUAUUUGGGCAUUUGGAAAUGGGUUGUUUUGGAAAUAAUGCAAUGCAGCAUGCUAACAGUAUUUACCACCAAUUUUUGUCUAUAUUCAUGUUUAAAUAUACCUAUUUGGGCUCUGAAGUAUAGCUUGUAAUGUUUAAACCAUUCAAAUCUGCUACAAGUCUGAAAUCAAGUUGUGCUUGACCUGA